AUGUUGAAGAAAUGGUCUACUGAUGUUUUGGCCAUCUUUGAGACGCAUGCUAGUGCAGAGAAAGCAGGAAAAAUUUGCCAGGGGCUAGGGUUUGAAGGCUCGUUUCGAGUGGAUGCAGUGGGACAGAGUGGAGGUUUGUGGCUCUUAUGGAGACAGGGAAUUGGGGAUGUGGUAGUCAUCAGUGCGACGGUACAAUUCAUCCAUGUCAGGAUACAGAAGGAGUCGGAAGUUUUGCACAUCAUUGCAGUGUAUGCAGCACCAACAGUAAGCCGGAGGAGUGGGCUUUGGGCGGAAUUGAAGGAAGAGAUUCAAGCGAUCUCUGAGCCGUUCAUCAUUGGCGGUGACUUUAAUACGAUAGUGCGGAUUGAUGAGAGAUCUGGUGGAAAUGGUAGACUGUCCCCGGACUCGUUGGCUUUUGGAGAUUGGAUCAAUGAGAUGAUGCUCAUUGAUAUGGGUUUUCGAGGGAAUCAGUUUACAUGGAAACGUGGAAAGUAG